UUAGAUACGCCAUGCAACCGCGAGACGUCGCCAGUAUCGUGACACGAUGGCGUCCGGUCGAUAAACGGCGAACGGACGAGUAUCCGGAGGUGCUCUCUCGGCUUUCGCGUGUGCUCACAGAUCGGAGCAGGCAAUUCGUGACCGGGUCCGCGACGAAGUUGUGACAAUCCUUAUUCGCGGCGACGAGAAAACUGUGCGAGAAACGCGGCGGGCGCGGGUGCAAUAAUAUGUCGCGACGACGAGCCGCGUAAUCAAUCGCGCGCGUCGCACCGACGGGGAGCCGCCGCCCGCGGCACAUUUCGCGCGACAGCAGCGUCGAAACAUGCGUCCGCUGCGGGGCGACGGGAACCGAGCGACAACCGAGGAGGCUCCUUCGAGGAACUGUCAGGGGGACCGUCGCCACCACCAUCGCCGCCGACGCCGCCACCACCGCCGUUACGCGUGAGUCAGUGCAGGAUCGUACGGAGGCGACGCACGCAAAAUGGCUUCGGGCGACAAUGUAGACGUGAUCGAGGUGGUUGAGACGACGAGCUUUCCCGGCCCGGCGCAACCCACGGUGGAUCACCUCAGACCGGACCAGGCCAUCGUCGAGGAAGACUAUAAGUCAACCGGAGAAAAAACAACAGCAUUUGACAGCUCAAUAGUGCAACAUGGUACCGCUGGCAAGACCCCUACGGGGGUAUCAAGAAACAAAUCGGAACGGGAGAGAAAGAUCGGGCAUCGAAGAGUUGGUGUGGGAGGUGAAAUCACAUAUAAGAAGAUCCAAACCACACAAAUUAUGGGAUCUAUCCAACUGGGUAUACAACAUGCUGUUGGUGGUCUUGCGAGCAAACCCGAACGCGAUUUAUUAAUGCAGGACUUCAUGACGGUGGAGACAACGAACUUUCCUAGCGAAGGAUCAAAUCAUACUCCAGCCCAUCAUUUCUCGGAGUUCAAAUUUAAAAAUUAUGCACCCAUUGCAUUUCGUUAUUUUAGAGAUCUCUUUGGCAUUCAACCAGAUGACUUUUUGAUGUCGAUGUGUAGCGCACCACUGCGCGAGUUAUCAAAUCCUGGCGCUAGUGGGAGUAUCUUUUAUCUGACGGAUGAUGAUGAAUUUAUCAUAAAGACUGUGCAACAUAAAGAAGGGGAGUUUUUACAAACUCUACUUCCAGGAUAUUACAUGAAUCUAAAUCAGAAUCCGAGAACGUUAUUGCCAAAAUUUUUUGGAUUGUAUUGCUAUCGGUGUAAUAGUAAAAAUGUUAGAUUAAUAGCUAUGAAUAAUCUUUUACCUUCAUCUGUAAAAUUGCAUCAAAAAUACGAUUUGAAAGGAUCUACAUAUAAAAGAAAGGCAUCAAAAACAGAACGUUCGAAAUCUUCUCCAACGUAUAAAGACCUAGAUUUCAUAGAGCAUCAUCCGGAAGGCAUCUUUUUAGAAGCUGAUACGUAUGGUGCUUUAGUUAAAACUAUUCAACGGGAUUGUCGUGUGUUAGAAAGUUUCAAAAUCAUGGAUUACUCUUUACUUGUUGGAAUCCAUAACCUCGACCAGGCAGCGAAGGAAAAAGCACAAGAGCAAAGAUUAUCGGCAAGUGCUGAUGAAGAAGUUGGGGAGGUAACUGAAACUGACGGAUUUAUUCAAAGCGAAAGAGAAAAGGAGAGAGAAGAUAGAAUAGGUGCUAUCGCUCUGAAUCGAUCGCGUAGUAUAAAUCGUCAAAGGCUGGUUGCUCAUAGUACAGCAAUGGAAAGUAUUCAAGCUGAGAGCGAACCGAUAGAUGAGGAAGAUGAUGUACCUUCAGGCGGCAUUCCUGCCAGGAACGCGCGUGGUGAACGUCUAUUAUUAUUCCUUGGUAUUAUCGACAUUUUGCAGAGCUACAGGUUGAAGAAAAAACUGGAGCACACAUGGAAAUCAAUGAUACACGACGGAGAUACGGUAUCGGUCCAUCGGCCAGGAUUUUACGCGCAACGUUUUCAAGAUUUCAUGGCCAAGACAGUAUUCAAGAAAAUACCAUCACUGGACCUGCCUGAGAUUAAGGGGAAUCACCGCAAAUUCCGUAACCUCGUCACCAGCUACAUAGCCUUAAAACAUUCCCCAUCGAAGAGGAAAAGCAUAAGCAGACCACUGAGACCGCUGGAAGGUGACUUCGAUUCUACCGCGGUGACGGCAACUGGAGGUUCAGCAAUGCAUGCUACAUCACCCACAAAAGCCGUUAGCCCGCCCGAUUCUGCGAUCAGCGCGACGAACGCGGUGGUCACGAGCGUCUCGGCGCCGAUCGCCACCUCGACCCCGGUUAAUCUUGCCGCCGGUCCGCUGAGCCCACCCCCGUUGAGCCUGGCUGCCGGUCAAGGUCCGCAUCACGAGCAUCCACCCGGGGCCGCCCCCGCGGUCAAGGUCACGAGUUACCCGGCUGUACUGAAGGGCAGAAGCGCGGCCAGUCCGCCGAAUCCGAAUCUGGUGCCGUCCGGCAAGGUGCCGCCGCCGGUGCCGCCUCGGGGCACGGGCUCCUCGCGGACCGGCAGGUCCUCCGAAGAUCACCGGGGGCCAGCCGGCGCCGCCGCCUCGACGACAUCGUCGGCAACAUCCAGCCGAGGUGGCACCCUUCCUUCCACCUGCUCUACCCCGCCCCCGCCCUUUGACGAUGCAGUCCGCUCGAACGACCAAACCCUGGCUUCCGGUGGCCACCUUCAGCACGGCGGCGCGUCCAUCCUCGCGAGCAGUCUGAGCUCUGCUCACUCCAAACAAAAUAAGGUUGUUCAUCAUGUUACCCUCACCAAGACUUAUCACGAUACUGUAAGGAAAAGGAGAAUCAUAUCGGACGUGCAUUUGGAGAGCAGCGGUAGCGGCAGCGGCAGCGGCGGCAGGGAAACCAAGUCGUCGCUGAGCGUCGAGAGCGGCGGCAGCAGUCGCGGCGGCGGCGGUCUCACGUGGACGCCACCGGCGGGCAGCGCCGAGGGCUCGACACCCACGUGGACUGAGGGCACGCCAUCCUUCACCGAGAGCUCCAGCAGCGGCGACAUAGGUUGCCCGACGACGCCGGUCAAAGGUAGUCAACGUCAGGAUGACGGUGGAAGAAUCGCGGCCACUGUGGAGGAGGCACUAGCGAGUCUCACAACCGAGAUGGAGAUACUGCAGCGCGAGUGAAUGCACGACUCUCAUCCCCUCUCCGCUAAUCUUCGUCAUGUACAACGUGCUGUUGGGUGAUCCGCACCGUCGUAGCGACGAAUCUUCGAGAGUGAAAGAAAGAGAGAAUGAGCGAGUGAAUGAAUGCGAAGAAGGUACAGAAUGAUUACAGACAGCGAAGUUUAACCCUUGAUUGGUCGCGUUAGAGCAGGUUGCUAAUUAAUGUAAUUUGCUUUCUGAGCUAUACUGGUAUUGGUACUCUCUUGUGAUGGAUUUCUCUUUGCAGAAGAAUACGCUUUACUUGUUCAAAUUCUUGUUUCUCGUUAUGUUCCUCAUUUCACCGUUUUCUAUCAUCUGUUAUUCCGCUGUCGAUUCCUUUCAGUUUUUCUUGUUUCAAUUUUCCGCUUUUCGAUUAUUCGUAUUUACGCUUUCCACCGUAGAGAUUGAUUUCCAAGACUGAUUUGCGACUGGGACUUUUGUAAAUAUUUUGGUUCGCUAUUCCAAUUCUAAAAAUUCUACUGAAAAAAAAACCACUUGAUCGAUCACGACUAUUUAAGGGUUAAAAUUGAAAGGUGAUACGAAUAGCUUCGUCGAGGAUCGAGGCGAAUACACGAUUAAUUCUGGAUUAAGAUUGCAAGUACUGUCGAUCGUUCCGUUUUGACAACGCGUUCAUGUUUCAUUCACUGCGAAUGAACGUUUGUACUUAACGCGAUUCUCAGCCAUUAACACGCGUUCGAUAGAGACGUUCGUCUCGAUCCGCGAUCUAUAGUAUUAAUCCGUUAUCGACAUGUAUAUCUGUAUACAAAAAAUAUGGGCGAUUAUCUCACUCGAGUGUGCUUCCCGAUUACGACGAGGGAACACUUUCGAUAUCCUUAUAUGGGCAUCCUUAAAUCUUCCUGGGUAUAGGAGAGUCAAUAUCAUUAUGGUUACAUAUUUAACAAAAACGUGAUAAUCGUCGGCCUACAGUACUCGAUAACGCUUUUAACAUUGUUCGAAAUCGACUCGAGAAGUGACUGAAGUGCCAUUUUUUCACUUAAGAAAUUUUUAUCUAGAAACGUCGCUUUUCUAUUCAAAGAAGACUGACAGUAGUGCAAAUUCAGUUCUUUCGACGUUAUAUAGGCGUAAAAAAAACAUUUCUUUUAUUUGUUUCCAAACGAUAAAUCCUUGAGUGACCUAAUAGCUUGGUAGAUGGUGUUGAAAGCUUGUACAGUUGAUAUAACUUUAACUUUCUCUUUUAAGCUUAUUGUUUUACCGUCUUUAACUUCUAGAACGUCGAAAGAAUGAAAUAUUUUGUAGCCCCUUGAAACCAGAAGCUUAUUCCGAAUCAUAGAAAAGUAAGAAGACAAAAGUACCAAAAAAGCCAAUUAGAUAGGCUAUAUAAAUGUGUCGAAAAAAUGUUUCAGAAUAAUCCAGAAAGAAUUAAAAAUUAGGAAUAUCAAGAGAUAGAAGAUUGUAGCAAAUUAAAAAAAAGGGGGUUAAAAAUUGUGAAAUGGCAUUUCACCCACUUCUAGCCGUUUUCACGCGUAUCUACUAUCCGCACAUAUAAACUCAUGCGUCUUUUUCCUAAUCGAGUCGUCGCCGUCGAUAAAUUGAUAUCGUAGGUUUCACUAACACAUGAGAGAGGUGUAAAAGGCCGUGCGAAACAAUUCAUUGUCGAUAUAAUUGAUGCACGAUGAGAAGGGGGAGCGGCUGUAAAUAAAAUGUGCUUGCGCAUAGUUCGGCUAGCAGAGGGCCCCGCGCGAUUCCUUUUUAUUGCGAUAUAUAGUUAGUGUUAUGUACAUGUAUCUAUAUGUGUCUCUGUCUGUCUCUGUAUGUAUCUAUACAUACACAUAUGUACACACACGCAAGACGUGUGUACCGUGUAUACAUAUUAUAAAUACAACGUGCGUGUACUCGCAAUGGAAACGUCUCGAGUUGUUCCUCCCUAAUUCUGAUGAGUUUCGGAUCGUAUCAUGUACAAAACGGCUUGAGGGAAACAAAAGACACUCACGACUUCGCAUUAGAGAUAAUGAAUUUGGUAUAUUUUAAUCGCAGCAAACAUAACAUAUCAGAGAAUAACAUUGAAAUAAAAGAAUAUUUAAUAUUUUUACGAAAUUUUUCGUCUUUUUUUCUCAGAAAUUAAUUUUAUUUCUAUAUAAUUUUUAAAUUUUCUUGUAAAUUAAUAAUUUUUUUCUGAUAAGAGAUAAAACUAUCAAUAGAUUGAUACCGAUAAAGUUAAAAUCAAAGUCCUUGAUAGUGAAAAAAUUAUAAUAACGAAAGUAUUUAAAAAUAUGCAGAAUAUAUGAUAUUGUUAAAUAGAGAAACUUCUGAUACUGCAGCGAAUUCACGGUGUAUAAAAUUACGUCUGCAGUGAGACAGACUUAGUUUUUAAUUUUCCACAACGUGGUGAUUUUUAAUUUUCCACGACACUCAUCAAAAUUAGGAUGCUCGGAAAUGUUGCCUUGCCUGUAUUAUACAUAACAAUACGACGCGACGCGACGCGAUAACAAUUUGGUGAGGAAAAGGUCUUAUAGUGCCGUGUACGUACAAUAGAUACUCCAUAGUAGCAGAGCAUACAGAUAUGUAAUCGCGUUGCUAUAAUAGUACGUGAGAGUUAUCGCGAACGUUUUGAAAGGCCAAAAUGUUGUUCAAUUAUACGUAUUAUUAUUAAAAAAAAAACGCUUCUGAACAGUCGAUGUAACAUUUAUGAUUGGCGGUAAAAUCUCGCCGCAUCUCGGUAACAGAUCUGCUUUGCAGAAUUAAGUCGUCUCCAUACUUUAUUAAUGUAUCUUUUAUUUGAUCGCUAUAUUCCGUCGCGUAUUUUCACGCGGAACGAUUUAUCGUUCAUUGAAGAAGCAUUUGAAUUCUGUUGAUUAUCCCAAUGAGAAAUUUUCUUUGUAUCUUUUAGUAGAACGCGUACAACGACGAAUAAGAGUAAUAAUGUUACAAAUAAUAUUUUUAUGAGCUAGAUUGACUCGUGCUUUAUCGGGCAAAAUCGAUAAAAAUCCACGACGAUUAUUGAAGUUUUACCGUGGAUGCAGAUUUUACUGCCGAGAUAGCUUCAUAACACACAGUAGCUUUGUUAACUCGAUACUCCGCCGCGGGUAUGACUAUUAUUGUAAUUGCUAGGAUCCCGAUCCCGCGAGAAUGUACUAACAGCGUUAGCAACUUUGAAAGUGUGAUAUUUUUUUAACAUAUCCCGAGGAAUUAAAUAUUAGAAUCUGAAUUGAUAUUGGCGCAGGUAAUUUUCAUUGAUUCGCGUGAAAAAUUCAGGGAGGAUUAUAUUCGUAGAGAAGUAUGCGUGCGCGAGAAAAGUGCUGUGUUGCUUGCAAAAUACUGAGAUUUUCCUAACACAAUAUAUGUCCAUUGUUUUGUGAAAAUAAUCGAAAAUGUUGUUCACUGCUUUCGAGUUUUUUUUUUUCGAUGCGAUUUUCAGCGAUUAUGCUCAAGUGUCGUGUGUGCACGUUCCUUCUCGAAUAAUAAUAAAUCUCUUUUGCUGCUACAACGCCAUGUGAUGUGUUAUACGCAGAUGUUUCCCUGUGUGUUCCGUGUGUGCUUAUACGAAACUUUGAGACUUUGAUUCGUGAAAUCAUCUGUUUUAUCAUUUUUCAACUAUCAAUUCAUAAAUAGGUCAAUGUGCUUUAUCAAGUUACAAAUUUAGCAAUUUUUUUUUUGCUAUUACAUAAUUAUCCGUUCAAGUUUACCAAAUGUGCCAGUUAACACGCCAUAUAUAUGACAUUACAUUCUCUUUAUCUCCUGAUCCGAUCUUGCUACAUUCAUACUCUGUGAACCACUUCUGAUAAUUUGCAAUAGCAAUAAAGAUAUUUGAAGGUAAA